UAAAACUUAAAGCGAAUGACGCCGGAAGUCGUGCCCACGCAAAACAAAGAUGGACGCGCCCGCUCUUCCGUUACUUAAAAAUAAGGUGGAUAUAAGACAUUUAAUGCAUAUCCCGUCACCUAAAAGAAUAAGGCGGAAGUUGUUGCUUGGUUGUGAAAAUCUUGCUGUGUUUAGUGGCUACAACACAUGGUUCACGGUGGAGAAUCUAGAACCGAAGACCACCUACACUUUCAGACUGAAGGUCAUGUGGCCCUCUGGUCAGCAGCGCUAUUACCCAUCAGUCUCUGCUUCUACAGAAAAGCAGCCCCUGAACGGGAGGAAUCUUCACAAUGCCGUCCUCAGGUGUGAUGAGCUGGAGCUCUGUCGAGUGCUGCAGUCCAUAAAAGUCACAGUGGAUGUUCCUGACAAGCUGGACUUCACUCCUCUAAUGGUGGCUGUGAUGAAGGACUUUAUUAGUGGAGUUCAUAUUUUGGUCCGUCAUGGAGCAGAUGUCAACAGAAAAAACAACAGUGGCAAAGACAGCCUGAUGCUGGCGUGUUACCACGGGCACCUGGAUGUGGUACAGUUCUUGCUCCGCUGCGGGGCGUCCCGGAGCUCUCGGGACAGAUCGGGCUGCUGCGCCCUGCACUGGGCCACCGCUGGAGGACACCUGCCUGUCCUGCGCUAUCUCAUACAGGACGGGUGUGAGGUCGAUGUGCGGGACGAUGCCUCCUGGACGCCCCUCAUGAUCGUGUCAGUGAUCACCGGAGACACAGCUGUAGCUUCACUGUUAAUCAAAGCUGGUGCUGAUGUUAAUGUACAGGACCGAGACGGGAAAACACCACUGAUGGUGGCUGUGCUGAAUAACUACAAGCAUCUAGUACAAACCCUGCUGGAGAGAGGAGCCGACCCAAACAUUCAGAACCAGGCUGGCGUUAACGCUGUUCAAAUGGCGCACGCGUUUCAAAGGGAGAAUAUCAUCAGCCUGUUUGCGGAUUAGGAGUGAGAGAAAAGAGACGAACCAUGCGUCGGUUUCAUAAACAACUUUACUAGCGCUGCCCUUUAUUUGUGUGCUGCAGACAUCAACGUACAGUAUCUUAUUUCACAUUUUCUCGAUUAAUCAAAGAAUUAUCAUAAAAAAAGCAGUUUACACCCGUGACACUGAAGAAAGUACAUGAGCAGAUUUACUGAGUGCGGGUACAACGUGAAUCAAAGUGAAAAAUAGUAAAUAAUAACUGAUUAAAACAAGCAAGGCAGGUAACCUAGAGACACGUGAUCAUCGUAUGAUUAAGUCAGCGUCUAGAUCCGAACAGUCUCUGCGCACUGUAAUGCACUGUGUGGUUUAACACUGUAAAAAGGCAACGGGACACUCGCGAUGGUCGCUCAUACGAUGAAUGAAGAGGAAUUUACAAUGUAAACACUGAGAUAUAAUGGCACUCAUACGGCGUCAGAAUAAAGGCCUGAAAGACCCACGUUUGAGAACGGAAAUGGCUCAGUGGCAACAAAUAAUAAAGUCAGAAGACUCGGUCUUGAAUAAAAACAAGGCCCGUUAGUCUCAGUGCCAAACAUCGACCUGAAAAAUGGACAGUCGGAUCUGCCAGCUCUCUGUUUUCUUGUUAAAACACACUACCGCUCAAAACUUUUAAUCGGCGAGGAUGCAUUCAGUUGAUCCAAAGUGACAGUGAAAACAUCGCUAAAUGUUUCCAAAGAUUUCUGUUUCGAAUCACCGCUGAUGACAUUGAUAAUCGGAAAUGAUGACACUGAAGACUGGAGUAACGAUGCUGAAAGAUGUCGAUUUGCGAAUAAAUAACAUAAAAAAAGUAUAUUUUCUAUUGUAAUGAUAUUUGUGAAUAUUAUGUUUUACUGUAUAUUAUAUGUAUACUAUAUAAUAAUACAGUAAAAAAUAAUGUUUUUACUGUAUGUUGCAGCCUUGGUGUACAAGAGUCUUUAAAUGUUUGAGUAGUGGUGUGUUUAUUUGUGAUUUGUCUUUGUUUACAAUAUUUUCCAUCAUUGUGCAUCAGACUGUCUACUUCUGUAGUCAUUACGUAGUUUCGCAUUGGAGGCAAUUCACACAAAACUCUUUACUAACCCAUCUAAUCUGGGUAACGCUUAAAGCCUUUAUGUAUAAUGCAUUACAAAAAAAUGUUCACUGUAAUGCAUGAACUAACCGUAGAUUAAAUGCAUUCAAAUAUUUGUUUAAAAGGUUUGUUUGCUGUAUGAUUUGAUGCAUUAUUUAAUUAAUGCAUACUUUCUAAAGGAGUAAAAGUUAAUAGAUAAGUAUUAUAAUUGCAUACAUAAAAACCGUGUAUCCAUGAGAUCAAGCAGUGCAUAUUUAAUGCAAUAAAACAAAUUUUAUAAUGUAUUAUAUAUAUAUAUAUAUAUAUAUAUAUAAGGCUUUAAGUGUUAGCCAAAUUAGUUUUUGACCCUGUUGACAGUAAUUCAUGACCAAAAACUCUUUAUUUCCAAAUGUUUUUGUGCAUAUCCGAUUAUUUUAGUGCAGUGUGUUCAUUUACCCUGACAAAUCGCCCAUGAACCUUUGCCAGUGAUUCAAAACCACUGACCGCAGCGUGUUUGAGGGAGACCAGAGGGAUUAUGAGACUAUUUAGAGAAGGAUUCAUGUGUCUGUUUUCAUUAACCACAAUCCACUUUUAAUGCUCCAUGUGGCAACGUUAUUUGGGUCGAUAAGAGAGAAAAUACAUGUAAUUUGUUUAAUCGUUUCCCCACAGUAACUAUUUCUAAGUACAUCUACGAGACUGCGGCUGCGUGACCAUAAAAUCAGGUCGUGAUUUCCCGUCGGUAAAGGUCUUCUCAAAGCUGGGAUCUCCUGAGCGAGCCGUCUAUCUGAACAUCUGACAGCUCACAGGAACACAACAUCUGUGUCCGUCCUUUAUCCUUACGAGCUUUGAAAUCAACAAAAGCCGGACUCGGUGCCUAUAAUUUGUCGCAAAUGUUUUCAUGCUCACAAAAAAAACGAGACAAGACUUGUUUAGACAUGUGAAAUUCAGAACAUUAUUGGGCUGUACAGUAUUGUACAGUAGUACAUGUCCAGGUCAUGUUUCACCUCAACGUUAAAAAGUAGUAGUAAGAAAGCCUGUUUUAAAAAUGGUUGGCAUUGUGAUAUUUUUUUACUGCAAUACGGUAAUGAAAAUAAUCCUGACUGGAUGAUGUUUGAAUGAAUGAAUAAGUGAAUUAAUUUGAUUGUUUGCAAAAACUAAUUCAGAGAACGGAAAAGAAACUGAAACUUAGUUUUAACAAUAAGAUUUCUAUGACAAAAAUUAAGCACAUUUUCCAAUAAAAAACAUAAUAAAAUAGAGAAUAAUAAUUUAAGUUGCAAUAUUUUGAAUAGAAUUUGAAAAAAGUAACAUGCCUGAUUUUUUUUGUUUGUUUUAAAUUCUAAUUAUAUAUGAUGAUUCUCGUUAGAUUUUGUUUUGUUACUAUACUGAAAAUAAGUGAUGAGAAUCAUAGAUAGCCUAAAAAGCUAAAUAUUCAGAUGUAUUCAAAUAAUUAAAACAUCAGUUGGUAAUAAGCUUAAUUGUCUUACAAUUAAAAACCAAAUACUUUUUAAAAAUUAAGAAUAAAAAAACGAUUAUUUUGUAUAUUUUUCUUUUGUUCCCUUUAAUUUGGGAUAAAAUGUGACCUGGACAUGUUAUCGUGAGAUUAUUUUUAUAAAGGUUUCUUCAACAUCCCUUAAGUACCACUGCAACUGUAAUCAUGUAUGUCUGAAAAUACAUAAUUAAAAUAGCCAUAAAAAU